UCGCAGCGACUUUCUGCUUCCAAUCAAAGCUCAAGAAUUCCACCUAAAAAUGUUUUUCUGCUCAAAAGCUCUUUUUUAUUACUUCCAUGAGCCUUGUUCCAGAAAGCUGAGGAUUCUCCAGGUCUGACCACUAAUCAAUGAGGCAUUGGUGCCUCUUUCUUCAGUGCUUCUAGCCGGCCUACUGAUAAGCUCCCUAGGUGAGAUAUACUACAUUAAAACAUGGUGCCCAAACAACAGCUUUAAGUGCCUGCUAGAUCUCUGUUCUUUCAGAAGUCUCUCUCCACCUAUCUCUCCACUAAAGAUGGACUUAAAACUAAAAGAUUGUGAAUUUUGGUACAGUCUCCAUGGCCAGGUCCCAGGGCUGCUGGACUGGGACAUGGAGAAUGAGUUAUUUCUGCCUUGUACCACAGACCAGUGCCCUUUAGCUGAGCAGAUCCUUGCCAAAUACAAAGUCCGAGUAAUGAAGCCCCCAGAGAUGCCUCAGAAGAGGAGACCCAGUCCUGAUGAAGAUGGUCCUCACUGUGAACCCAAUCUGUGGAUGUGGGUGGACCCCAAUAUCCUGUGCCCCUUUGGCAGCCAGGAGGCCCCAAAGCCCAGUGAAAAAGAGGAUCUGACAAGCAUUUCUCCUUUCCCUCAGCCCCCAUUAAAAGAUGAAGAGUCUAACUGCUCAGAGGACAAAGUGGUAGAGUCUCUGCCAUCCUCCUCCAGUGAGCAGUCUCUUUUACAGAAGCAGGGCAUCUAUUCCCCCAGUGACUUUGAGCUCACAGAAGAGGAGGCUGAGGAACAAGAGGACAACUCCCUCCAGUCCCCUGAAAGGAAGUGCUUCCAGAGUCAGAAGCUACGGCAAAUCAACAACCAAGUAAAGUCCUGGCAAUGGCCCCCUCUCAAUUGCAGCCACCUUAUUUCCCUAGCAUUAAGAAACAGCCCCCACUGCGGCCUCAGUGUGCAGGAGAUCUACAGUUUCAGCCGACAGCAUUUCCCCUUUUUCUGGACAGCUCCAGAUGGCUGGAAGAGCACCAUUCAUUACAAUCUCUGCUUCCUGGACAGCUUUGAGAAGAUGCCAGACAGCCUUAAGGAUGAAAAUAAUGCAAUACCUCACUCUUGCCUUUGGAAGCUCACUAAGGAGGGGCACUGCCGCUUUUGGGAGGAGACUCGUGCCUUAGCCUCUGCCCAAAGGGAGAGAAUCCAAGAGUGCAUGAGUCAGCCAGAGUUGUUGACCUCUCUCUUUCAUCUUUGA